UGUGUGUUUUAUUACUCCUAUGCACUUAAUUAAAUCAUUAAAGCAAAUUCCUUAUUUUUUGCAAUGAACUAAUUUCUCAUUCUUUUGCUAAAGUUGACCAGUUUACCGUCAAGCAGAAGUGGAGUGAGCUGAAGUCUGUCAGCUGACAGAUGGAAAACCUUUGAAUGGCCUAAAUAAAGGCCAACAUUAUAACACAUCUUUGUUCUCUGUUCUGUGAGUUUGCUACAUUUCAUCAGUCUUCAAGGAGCAACAUUUAAUGUUAUCUCAACCAUCAGAAGGAAUCACCUGGGGGUUAAGUAACUGUAAAGAAGUGACAGGAUGUAUUGAAAUGGAGGCAAUGAGCCAUUCUACACCUACUAUUCUUCAAAAGGCUCUUUGACUGAGAGUUUUUCUCAAACCUCGACUGCUCCUGUUCAUUACGGAGAAGGUGUUCCUGAAAAAAAAAGAGAAUCAACUUGUUCCACUGUCAAGCGUGCAUUACUUGGACUUAUGGACUUAUUGCCCAUCAGUAAUGAUUGAUGAGAACUCAUAUGAGGAAGUGUGUCUUAUUUGGAGGAAUCAUGUAAUAUAAACCGUCCAUUACAAAGGUCAAUGAAGGAGUGUCUGUACCACAAUAAAUACAGCUGGUUGUGAAUACUCACAGCUCACUCUAGUCUGGAUUUUCUGAGAAAAGGAACAGCUCUUCUACAAUCUCCAAAGUAGUUUUUUGUACAAAAUACUGACCAGAAUGGCUAGAUUCAAAACAGAUUGCAUAGAGAGACGCAUGUGCAUGUUUUUUGAGAUGAUGGGACAUUUUAUUGGCUCUCACCCCUGGUGGUUCUUGAUUGUCCCCCUUGUCCUCUCGGCAAGUCUGGGGAGUGGAUUUAUUUUUCUCCAGGACAGAAUGUCAAACAAUAUCGAAGAAGAGUUCACACCUUUCAAUGGACAAGCCAAGAGGGAGAGGAAAUACAUCCAAGAAACCUUUCCCGGAAAUGAUUUGAUGUUUUCAUAUUUAAGACUGAGCACAGAUGGAAAUUUCGCAACUUUCAUAGCUGCAAGUGACAGUAAUAUUUUGACUGUGGAGUCACUUCAGGACAUCCUAGACUUAGACUUUAAAGUUAGAAAUAUGCUAGUGCACUAUGACAACCAGUCAUUUAAAUAUUCGGAUGUUUGUGCUAAGGUGAGCGGAUCCUGCACCAAUAAUGACAUUUUAGAGAUCAUUGAUUACAAUGCCACCCAUAUAGACAAAGUCUAUUUGACAUUUCCGUGGUAUAUCUCUGGUUCAUCUCGUUAUCCUUUAUAUUUAAGUCUGGGGAGUGUGACUUUUUACGGGGGGAGCUCAUUUGUUCAAAGUGCUAAAGCCAUACAGCUCUAUUACCAUUUACGUGAGGACAACAAAACAAAAACAGACCUGUGGCUGGAAAGCUUCAUUAAUUUAGUCUCAAAGGCAUCAUCAGCUUCUAUUCAGGUGUCAUACUCCACCUCCAUGUCAAUGCAGUGGGAAUUUGAAAAAUCUCCAGAUUCCGUCAUCUCUUUAUUCUCCAUCACCUAUACCAUCGUCAUCACAUUUUCAAUCCUAUCAUGUUGGAGAUUGGAUAAUGUGAGGACGAAGGUGUGGGUGGCAACCUGUGGCGUGCUCUCCACAGGUUUAGGAGUCCUGAGUGGUUUCGGUGCAAUGUUGUUGGUGGGUCAACCUUUUGUCAUGACAGUUGCCUCCUGUCCUUUCAUGAUAUUAGGUAUUGGACUGGAUGAUAUGUUCAUCAUGGUCUCUUGCUGGCAGAGGACCCGUGUUCUGGAUAGCAUCCCCGACCGGCUGGCUGACACCUACAAAGAGGCUGCUAUCUCCAUCACCAUCACCACUUUGACCGACGCUCUGGCUCUCUUUCUGGGCUACAACACGCCUUUUGGUUCAGUGCAGUCCUUCUGUCUGUAUGCUGGGGUUUCUAUUUGCUUCUGCUAUUUGUACUGCAUCACUUUCCUGGGGGCAUGCAUGGCUUUGAAUGGACAGAGGGAAGAAGAGAACAAACAUUGGUUCACCUGUGCCAAAAUCCCAGAAGACUUGCCAUCCGGGAACUCAAAGGCCUUCAGCAUCUGCUGCGUUGGAGGGAGCUAUGACCGAAUGACUGAAAAGGAGGAAACUGAGCCCAUGAGUCACUUUUUUGAGAAGUUCUAUGGUCCAUUUCUGACCCACAAAAUAACGAAAGUAUGUGUAUUUCUCAUUUAUGCAGGCUAUCUGGCUGUUAGUAUCUAUGGUUGUGUUAGGUUAGAAGAGGGACUUGAUACCAAGAAUCUGGCUUUGGAUGAUUCCUACAUAAUUAAUUACUACGACAGUCAAAGACAACACUUCUCUGAAUACAGCUCUAAUGUGAUGGUAGCAGUGACGCAGCCCUUGCUUUACUGGAAGGAGGAGGACCAAAACCAGCUGCAAUCAUGCAUUUCAAAUUUUGAAAGUUUGAACUAUGUCAAUAGCACAGUAGCUUGGUUCCUCAUCUUUGAACAAUAUGCAAAUGCAACCCAUGCCAACAUAAGUUCUCAAGAGGCUUACCUAACAAAUCUGAACACAUUCUUAAAAUUCAGCCCUAUGUUCAAACAAGACAUCAAUUUUACAGGCAAUGAGAUUCAAGCCUCUCGCUUUUUCAUCCAGACACUCAAGAAUAUAGACGAGGGGGAUAUGUUGAUUGGACUCAGGAAAACCGCAGAGGACUGUCCAAUAAAGCUCCUGGUGUACCACCCUUCCUUCAUCUACUUUGACCAGUACACUGUUAUUGCAGACAACACUAUUCAAACCAUGCUGGUGGCUGUGGCUGUGAUGCUAGUCAUCUCGCUCCUCUUGAUACCCCAUCCUCUUUGUUCCAUAUGGGUGUGUUUUGCAAUUGCCUCAGUCAUUGUUGGUGUGACAGGGUUCAUGGUGCUGUGGGGUGUAAACUUGGACUCCAUUUCCAUGAUCAACCUGGUCAUGUGCAUUGGUUUUUCUGUAGAUUUCUCUGCACAUAUUUCUUACGCUUUUGUCUCCAGCCAAAAGAGUGAUGUAAAUGAGAAAGCUAUAGAUGCUUUGGCCAAUUUAGGCUACCCAGUUGUGCAAGGAGCAUUGUCCACUAUUUUAGGAGUGGUGGUGCUGUCCAUGUCUGGGAGUUACAUCUUUAGAACAUUUUUCAAGAUUGUGUUUCUUGUGAUUACAUUUGGGCUGCUCCAUGGCUUAAUGUUUAUUCCAGUGUUUCUGACACUGUUUGGGAUCUGUGGAAAGUGGUGUUAAAGUGGGAAUGCAAUUUUGAUUAAUCACUUUUUUUUUUUAAAUAAUGAAAAAUGUUGCUUUAGCUAUAGUGUACAGAGCCCCUAAAGGGACAUGGAAGAAAAGAUUAAAAAAAAAAAAAGGGUGUACUUAAAUUGCAACUAUCGUAAUUGCAAACUGACUUCCUCGAUUCUAAAUAUGACUUUACUUCAACAGAUUGUGGGUAGCAGUUAAUCCUCUGUUAAAAUACUUAAAAAAUGUAUAGGAACCAAAUGUUAGAGCUCCUCAGGGAGCCUUUUCUCUGUAUAACCU